AUGGCCGAGCAUCUUAACGCCCUUGGACCACCAAUUCGAACGGGUGCAACGUGGAAGAGGGUAUGCUUCGAUUAUAAAUGUGCGGUCGAAAAAAAGGUGCGAGUUAAUAAAGCGUCGUUGUUGGCUACUGGUGGCGGGCCGUUCCAUCAACGGCCUUUAAACGACGUGGAGGAACCAGUUGCUAACUUGACCAACUUAAAGGCCACAAUAGAAGGCAACUCUGGCCGUUCUUUCAGUGAUCAGCUUUGCACGAUGGACAGCAACAACAACAACAACCAAUUGUUGGCAAAUAACAAUAAUGAGCCAAACAUAGAACACGAGCAGCCAUAUAGUGAGAUGGCAAAUAACGAGCAGCAAAACCCGGUGGUAGCCAAAGCUCGACAGAAACGGAGCCGCAAGCGCAGAAACACCGAAGCGGUGUUGCGCCAAAACGAAGAGCUGCUACAGCUCAUGAAGCGCAACAUAGAGGCGCAAAAAGAACCCAACCGACAUUAUCGCGCGACAUUUUCCAAUUUUGUAUGA